AGUUGUUUGCUGCCGCUAGGGUUUCGUUUCAUCGCGGACCACCGGACGUGGCCGUCAAGUUUUUCUGCGUCGUCCUCCGCGCCGGCACUGCCAUACCCAAACCAUAAACCCCGCGCCGCCCGCCUCGUUCCGCGCCGCCGCACGCGAGCAACCUUCUGAAUCCACACGCGCAGCUCGGACAGGCAGCUCAGAGCUCGCGAACCAGACAUGGCGAACGGGGACGCGGCCGUGGAGGCCGGCGGGAACGGGAAGGAGGAGCCCGCGGCGCGCCAGGCUUCGACGUUCGCGGAGCUGGGUAUCUGCGCGGAGCUCGUGGAGGCGUGCGACGCCAUGGGGUGGAAGGAGCCCACCAGGAUUCAGGCCGAGGCCAUCCCCCACGCGCUCCAAGGGAAGGACCUGAUCGCGCUGGCGCAGACGGGGUCCGGGAAGACGGGCGCGUUCGCGCUGCCCAUCCUGCAGGAGCUGCUCAGCAACCGCCAGGCUGAGCAGUCUUUCUUCGCUUGCGUGCUCUCGCCAACGAGAGAGCUGGCGAUUCAGAUCGCGGAGCAGUUUGAGGCGCUCGGAUCAGCUAUUGGUUUGCGUUGCUCAGUGCUUGUUGGAGGAGUGGAUCGGGUGCAACAAGUGUUAUCCAUUGGAAAACGUCCGCACAUUGUGGUUGGAACUCCUGGCCGUCUUUUGGACCAUUUGACAGAGACUAAAGGUUUUAGUCUUAAGAAAAUCAAGUAUUUGGUAUUGGAUGAAGCCGAUAAGUUACUUAAUGUGGAGUUUGAGAAAUCCCUCGAUGACAUUCUGAGAGAGAUCCCUAAAGACAGGAGGACUUUCCUUUUUUCAGCGACUAUGACCAAAAAGGUAAAUAAACUGCAACGUGCUUGCCUCAGGAAUCCUGCUAAGGUUGAAGCGGCCUCCAAAUAUUCUACAGUAGAUUCACUUAAACAGGAGUUCUAUUUUGUUCCUGCAGAUGACAAGGAUUGCUAUCUUCUUCAUGUUCUGAAUGAGAGGCAAGACAGCAUGAUCAUGAUCUUUGUGCGCACAUGUGAAUCUACUAGGCUCCUUGCUCUUAUGCUGAGGAAUCUUGGUUUGAAAGCUAUGUCUAUCAGUGGCCAAAUGAGUCAGGACAAGAGACUAGGUGCUUUGAACAGGUUCAAAGCGAAAGAUUGCAAUAUCCUUAUUUGCACUGAUGUAGCAAGUCGUGGCCUUGACAUUCAAGGAGUUGAUAUGGUCAUCAAUUAUGAUAUUCCAAUGAAUUCUAAGGAUUAUGUUCAUCGGGUGGGUAGGACCGCACGUGCAGGGCGGUCAGGAUAUGCUGUAUCUUUGGUGAAUCAAUAUGAAGCCCAGUGGUUUGUGCUGAUCGAGAAGCUCCUUGGCAAGCAAAUUGACCAGCGUAAGGUGGACAGAGAUGAAGUCAUGAUACUUAAAGGGCCCAUAUCUGAUGCAAAGAGAAUUGCACUUACGAAAUUGAAGGAUUCCGGUGGCCACAAGAAGCGUAGAAAGGCGGGAGAUGAUGAUGAAGAGGUGGAGGAUUAUUCUCAUUCUAAAAGACCGAAAUCCUUCAAGAAAUCAAACAGACGAUGAAGGCUCUGGAGCUCUCCUGAUGAAUUAGAAUCCGUGUGUACAGCUGCUUCAUUUAUCCAAAAGUCCUCUGGUUCAGCGCAGACCCUGUGGGUUUGCAGUGAUGGUGAUGCAUGUUUUAGCUAUAUACUAGGGCCAGUUAAGACUUCUCCAAUUUUGUCAUCCCGAUCAAAACCAUGUUACAUAAGCAAAUCAUUUUUAUUGAAGUCUGAGCUAUUUCAUUGGAGUCC